CCUGUUGUCUCUAGUCCAACACCAAUAUUUUCCAUUCGAAUUUCUCCAAACCUGAAAGUUAUGGUAGAUCUAAAACUAGUUCAAUUGGUUUUUGGAGCCAUGAUGUUGAAUGUGCUGUUGGCGUGUGAUAGAAUCACCGACUGUACGCCACCAAUGGACUCGGAUGCUGAAGUCUGCAGACUCUCGGCUGCCUAUGUCUUCUGUCUGAACAACAAAAACCUCAGCGACUGCGGGCAGGGUACGGCCAUAGAGGUGGCUCUGCUUAAGGAGAAGACGUACAAGCUGAUGUCAUCCAUCCACUGUCCAGCUAGAGAAUGUAAACCAAUGUCAGCUUGUCGCCUCAUUACUGGAAAAUCCAAGUUAUCUUUCUGCAGUAACGCUCUGUCAUAUGCCAACUGUCUGAGGUAUUACGUCAUACGACUGGACUGUCCGAAAAGAGACGCGGAUCUGGCUGUCAUUUUGUACACGGACAUAGCCAUGUUGAUCAAGCGGGACUGUAAAGUUGAUGUGGAGCCUGACGACAUCCACGACACAGAAUGUGACCCCCACAGGUGUAACGUCAUUUUACAAGGCAAAGAUUGCAGACAGGACGAGACGUUCAUGAACUGCCUGAAGAAAAUUGCCUACGGCUAUAAAUGUCCGGACAGUGUCAAGGUCGUGUCCCAAGCGCAGCUCGACUACUCACUCAACUACUACAAGCGCUGCCGUAGCUCAGGAUUCGUUGUGCUGACUCCACCAGCAAUGCUGUCGUUAGGUCUGAGCCUGAUGGUUAGUGGAGUUAGGCUCCUAACUUAGUCCACAUGGACAGAAGAUUGACAGUUGAAAGUUUGAGAGUGCCAACCCAACACACACCGACAGAAGAUGAUAGCUCAUCACACCAUCAUCAACCGCCCUUCACAUU